AUGAAUUCCAGCCAAGUCAACUGUAUUAAAUGCAAACGGGUUCCCUUUGUAUUUUCAUUUCGCGAUUUUCAUUAUUGCAAACCUUGCUUCAUUGAGCAAUAUAAACAGAAGAUUGGGCAUGCGCUGAGUGCCCAGCCAAAGUCGUUGAUUGCUUCCAAAAUCGGCCAAGACAAGACAUGUACAAUUGUGGUUGCCCUAUGGGAUACCCAGGACUCGCUUGCUCUUUUAAAAUUUGUGCUCCACUACGAGCUUGGUGUAAAUUCAAAAUAUCGCGGCAUUUCGUACAAAUUUCUGCUCUUCUUGGCGAAAGGCUGCCAUGGAAAGCCCAAAUACAUGCCACAGAUACGAGCUCUAUUGGUGGGAUACUCUGAUGUCUCCGAGCAAGAGGAGGAUCGCACUGACGUCUUUCUAAUUAAAACCUUGCUAAAAUCGGAAACGUUAAAGUCGAACGACUUGGUUUACAUUCCAUCUGCACAAUACGAUGUUGCCUUCUUUACCCUUUUUUUGACGCUCAACGGGCAUGGAUCGUUAAUUCCAGCCUUCAGUACGCCAUCAAUUGUCAUCUCCUCAAUCCGAGAUGCAAUCGUCCACGUUUGCAGACCGCUUUUUUACUUAUGCAAGGAAGAAAUAGCGUUCUUCAACGGCAUAGCACAGGAAAUGGCCAAUCUGGACCCCGUCAGCGAUGGAUCUUUGGAUUCAAUAAGGUGCGAUUUAGAUUCCCUGGCCAAUUUGAAGCUGGACGCCUCGUCUAUUUGUGGGCACGAUUUUCCAUACUCUUCCAGCAAAAGUGGCGCCAAUGUUUCGGAGAGUGCGAAAAACAAUGACCAACACGGGCUAGCCUCGCUAGUUGAUAGCUUCAUUGAUGAGCUUCAGAGGGACUCCAAUGAUGCCAGCGUGUCGAUCCUGGCCAGAACAGCACAAAAACUGGACUCGUCGUUUCUUGCGUGCAACCAAAGAUGCGCCCAAUGCCCGCUUCCAGACUUUCGGCAAACCACGCCAUGCGACGCUUGCGCGGACAAUAAACUCUGA